AUGGGGACAAACGGAGAGGUGAAUGAAAUCGAUGAGGGUUUGUACAGCCGCCAAAUAUACGUUUUGGGCACGGAGGGAAUGCGCCGUAUGGCAACGUCAGACGUAUUGAUCUGUGGUCUCAGUGGUUUAGGAGUGGAAAUCGCCAAAAAUAUCAUACUCGCCGGUGUUCGAUCAGUCACUUUGUACGAUCAAAGUCCAAUAACCUGGACUGAUUUGUCAUCUCACUUUUUUGCGGGCGCGGAUGAUAUUGGUCACGGACGGGCUGAAGUAUCACGCCACAAACUGGCUGAAUUAAACACUCAUGUUGCUGUGCACAUUCUAGUGAAACCAAAAUUGGGUUUGGAGGACUUCAGGAAGUUCUCAUUGGUGAUUCUUACCCAAUGUCCCCACGAGAUGUGCCUUGAAGUGGGCGAUAUCUGUCACAAAUUGGGAAUCAGACUAAUCGUAGCUAACACAUGUGGAGUGUUCGGUAGAGUGUUCUGCGAUUUUGGCGAAGAGUUCACUGUGAUUGAUCCCACUGGAGAAGACCCUCCGUCUGUAAUGGUUCAGCAAAUUGAGAAGCUUUCAUAUCGCGAAUCUUUCGCCAAACCACAACAUUUGAUAUCUGACAUUGUUAAGAUGGAACGUGCUCCUCAGCUCCAUCUGUUUUUCACCACGUUGGGGGAGUAUACCAAACAACAUAAGGGGUCACUUCCUGGGUCGUGGAAUCAGAAUGAUUCCCGUGAGUUCUUGUGCUUAGCGCGCAAGGUGAAUGAGGAAGCGGCCAACACUAGUGCCCACGUGGAGGAAAUAGAUGAGCAGUUGGCUUCAUUAUUCGCCUAUACAUGCAGUGGCCAAUGUUGUCCCGUCCAGGCUGUUAUCGGUGGUUUUGCUGCACAAGAAGCCAUGAAAGCAUGCACCGGAAAGUUUGUGCCCCUUCAGCAAUGGUGUUACUUUGAUGCUACGGAGUGUCUCCCGAUUCCUCAUGCCGAUCAAUCCAUUAAAGACAAGGAUGCCGAGGUAGUGGCCGAGGGGGAUGCUGCUCCACGAGGAACGCGAUACGACGGUCAAAUAGCCAUUUUCGGACAGAACUUCCAGGAAAAGUUAUUGAAGCUGAACUAUUUCAUGGUUGGCGCUGGAGCAAUUGGGUGUGAGCUUAUGAAAAACUUCGCUCUCAUGGGCGUAGGUGCCAGUCCAGCUGGGAAGCUCACUGUCACUGAUAUGGAUUCCAUAGAGCGAUCUAAUUUGAAUCGUCAGUUCCUUUUUAGGCCUUGGGAUAUAACAAAAAUGAAGGCCGUUGUUGCCGCAGAAGCAGUAAAGCGCAUGAAUCCGGAGGUAAGACCCGAAACAGAAAAUGUAUACGACGAUGAGUUUUUCGAAGCAUUGGACGGUGUUGCGAAUGCCUUGGACAACAUUGAGGCGCGUACUUAUGUUGAUAGACGGUGUGUCUACUAUCGUAAACCACUCCUGGAGUCAGGCACUUUGGGUACUAAGGCCAACGUACAAGUUGUUAUCCCUUACCUUACCGAGUCCUACUCAUCAUCACAAGAUCCCCCAGAAAAAUCGUUCCCGGCAUGUACCUUAAAGAAUUUCCCGUAUCUUAUUGAACACACCCUUCAGUGGGCCCGUGAUUUGUUUGAGGGUCUCUUUGUGCACCAAUCCCAAAGUGUUGCUUCCUAUUUACGAGAACCCGAAAAAUUCAUGGAGCGCACUCUAGCCGGACCCGGCAGCCAACCUAUCGAAACUCUUGAAAAUCUACGGGCAAACCUCAUUGAUAAGAAGCCCUCUUCCUUUGAAGAUUGCAUCGCUUGGGCGCGUCUAUUGUGGCAGGAUUUAUACUCCAAUACAAUUGCCCAACUGCUUUUCAACUUUCCGCCGGAUCAUCGCACUGCCUCAGGUGCAGAUUUUUGGUCCGGCACCAAACGGUGUCCUCAUCCAUUGCAGUUCGAUAUGCGAAAUCCAAUGCAUUUGGAUUUCGUACUGGCUGCUGCAAACUUACGUGCAUUCAUGUUCGGCAUUGAUCAGUGUCGCAACAUCCCAAAAAUUAUCCCUAUGAUAGAAGCAGUGCACGUUCCUGAAUUCAAACCUCGCACUGGCGUUCGCAUCGAGGUUACUGAGGCUGAAGCUCAAGCAAGAUCUUCAGUUCCAAUCGCGGACGCCUCACGUGUGACGGAGAUUCGUUCGGCUCUGUCUAAUAUUGGUCAGUGCUGGUUUGUUCGCAAAUAUUAUAAAGCAUAUAGCAGUGGUGUUUUCAUCUAUUAUAUCAAAUUUGAUCAAGUUAUCCAAUGGAAUGCGUCACAGGCCAAGAUAAACGUGGUCGAGUUUGAAAAGGAUGAUGACAACAAUUUUCACAUGGAUUUCAUCACUGCUGCCAGUAAUUUGCGUGCGACUUGCUACGAUAUUCAGCCAGCUGACCGCCUUAAAAGCAAACUCAUUGCUGGGAAGAUUAUUCCAGCGAUCGCUACUACAACGAGCCUUGUCGCCGGACUUGUCUGUUUGGAAUUGUACAAGCUCGUACAGGGACACAAAUCACUCUCGCUGUACAAAAAUUCUUAUGUGGAUCUUGCCACCCCUUGGUUUGCCUUCUUCGAACCUGUCCCACCGGCUAAAUCAAAAUAUUUUGAUACGGAAUUCUCUUUAUGGGAUCGCUUCGAGCUGUCCGCGCCAAUGACCCUACAGGAUUUCUUGGACUACUUUAAGACUAAACUUAACUUGGAAGUUACUAUGCUGUCGCAAGAUGUAUCAAUGCUUUAUGCGUUUUUCAUGCCAGAGGCUCGAAAGAAGGAGCGUUUGGCCAUGCCUUUGGAGCAGUUGGUGGAAACGGUGAGCAAAAAGCGUAUCCCGUCACACGUGCGGGCCCUGGUGUUUGAUCUAUGCUGCAGUGACACAAACGGCGAGGACGUGGACGUUCCUUACGUGCGGUAUCGCUUGAAACUGUCGAACUGA